CCUCAACAAGGUUGCAAACUAUUGCGCCAAAUUUGAGUUGUCAUGUUUUCUCGCAUUAGUUACUCCCAAUAAUCAUUUUUCAGAAUGAACAAUGUUAACAGUGAGGACCCCACCCGUCAGGUUUAUUCAGAAUUAGGAAACUUUAUCCCGACUGGAUAUCAGGAAAAUUAUGAUUGUGAAUUAUCACAAAGCACCGUUGCUGCUGGCAGUUGUGGUGUUGGGAAUCAUUUGCCUAUUUUUCAAAAUAUGUUGAGUCAAGUCGAUGAAAAACCGAAAAUACUAUUGAUGGGUUUAAGAAGAAGUGGUAAAUCAUCAAUUCAACGGGUUGUUUUUCACAAAAUGGCACCAAACGAAACAUUGUUUUUGGAAAGUACCCACAAAAUUGAAAAGAAUGACGUAUCUGAAUGCUCCUUUAUCAAAUUUCAAAUAUGGGAUUUUCCUGGUCACAUUGAUUUUUGUGAUGAGACCUUUCAAUCUGAAGCUAUAUUUUUAGCUUCUUGUGCUAUAAUUUUCAUUAUCGAUGCUCAGGAUGAUUAUCAUGCGGCUUUAACCCGCCUACAUGCUACUUUAGAAUCAGCGUUCCGUUUUAAUAUGAAUAUUAAAUUUGAAGUAUUUAUUCAUAAAGUUGAUUGUUUAUCAGAUGAUCAAAAAAUGGAUAUACAACGAGAUAUUACUCAACAUGUAACAAGUGUCUUGGAGGAUUUAUUGUGCGAACAACCGUCGAAUGCUGGAAUUAGUAUAGGAUUUCAUUUAACUACAAUAUAUGAUCAUUCAAUUUUUGAAGCAUUCAGUAAAGUGGUACAAAAAUUAAUUCCUUACUUGGAAGCAUUUGAACAUUUAUUAAAUAUAUUUAUUACAAAUUCAAUGGUGGACAAAGCAUUUCUUUUUGAUGUCACCAGUAAAAUAUAUUUAGCAACAGAUUCAAAUGCAGUAGACAUGCAGACGUAUGAAUUAUGCUGCGAUAUGAUUGAUGUUGUCGUAGAUGUGGCAGCAAUCUACACAAAUCUUCAGGGAUUUUAUAUCAUAAACUUUAAAAACUUUAUUGCUCCAGAAACCAUAAGAGUAUCGAAAUCAACAUGUCUACCGGACAUCGAUUUAACGUAGACCCCUUCAUGACAUUGGAAUUACCGUCUGAAAUUAUGCUGAUAAUUUUCCAGCACAAUGCCUGGUCAUACAACAUAAGUUAUCAUCUAAUUUUGCUGUACCGUUGUUCAGCUAGCUACAGGUGAUUUGAUAGUACGUACUGUGUACCAUCAUAGAUAGGUAUAUAUGAUAGAUAUCACUAUUUUGUAACUAAACGUUAUUCAAUCUCUGGUUUCUAGUGGUAUUUUUGUAUUUUCCACACAUCUGGCAGCACGUAUGCAAGUAACAUUUCAGUAUCAAUAAUGUCAGUCAGUCGUACGCAGCGUUAAACCUAGUACAUGUAUCGGUUCAAGUUGUACUACCCCUUUAGCACAACCAGAUAAAGUUUUCAGGGCGAAUCUCAGCUCAGUAGAUGUGGGAAUUUUAGUAGUGGUGGUCGAAAAGAUUAGACAUCGAAGAUACAGUUGGAGAAGAAAAUAUAAAUUAGUGGUUUGAAACGAAAUUAUGGGGAAACAAGAAAAUUAGGAUGAAAGAUAUGACAAACAAUAAAUGCUUCUGCGCGAUUGCGAAAAAUUUUCAGAUAUCUAGACUAUGUCUCCAACUGUUGGCUAUGAUAUUCAUGCGUAACCCAACCAGUUUGAUCAUACCUACAUGGUUCAAUCUAACAGUCAGUGUUCACCCACCCCUAAUUUUCUUUAAAUUAAUCGUAAACCAGCUCGACUGUUAAGGCUCUAUUUUGGACUGUUCUUCGAGUUCGAAAGACAAUUUCUGACCCAAUCGUCAUACAAUCUACUGGACAUACUGAAAAUCUCUCAUAUACUGUGAUUUCUCCAUGACAUAGGGUCGGUCCAGUAGAAGCAAUAUCACAUAGGAACCAUCACAGAAUAGAUUAUGAUGACAGAUCUUAGUAGCACGCUGUGGAUGAGUGAACGUGACUGUAAUGACGUUAAUCACUGAGGAAAUCCUAUCCUUAAGGAUGGCUUCGUUGAGUCCAUGGUUCGGUGUGCUCGCUGCAAGUAACAUGUUCAACUUGCAAAGCAUUUCGGUUAUGCCAACUUGAACCGAUCUACAUACGUACAUGUUCUACGUUGUGACUGACUGAGAAAACAAUGGUCUUUAGUAAAGUCUAGCACACACAAAAUCAUCAGAAGCGUGCAACAUGAAGUAAAAAGUAUCUUGGUUUGUCUGCACCUAGCAUUCUUAAAAUCUACUCGUACACCAAACAUCAUUGAGCAUCGAGUGAGGUUGUAGAUGGGAAAUUGUCUAAACUGUUUUUGUAUGGUAAAGGAAAUCGUGAACUGAAUCUUUGCUUAUAUUCUUUAAAUUGUCAGGUGAUUGUUCUCAUAAGUUAAGUACUUCGAACUUUUACUGCGUUUAUUUUGACCAACUUCCGGUAUAUCAUUUGCGCCAAUGUCGUCUUUCUGUCCUGCUCAAUUAGCUAAUAUGUUUGAUUUGAGAUAUUCUUUCAUUGUAUAUCCAAUACUUUUGGACAGUUUGUGACAAGUGCGUAUGAGUUCCACAAGUACUCCAGUUUCAUACUUCUCAUGGAAAGUCAAAUGGAUGGUGUUAUUAGACUUCAGUCCUUUCUUGUCAACCCACUCAUUCCCUAUUACUAAUCCCGGUAUAUAUCUCAAGACAAAAAACGAGUGCGUUUUGUGUUAGGCAUAUGUAAUUCCCGAAGUUCCUUCACCUCUGUUAAGUUCAUUCUAAAAGAUACCUUCUCAUCUUUGUUUGCAGUCCCCAAUCUAAUUUUGUUGAUCCGCCUGUAUCUGAGCAAACUGGGGCAACAAUUAUCUUAAACAAUGACAGAGCAUUAUAUCUUCGUGGCGUCAAUCAGUAUAUGGCUCUAGCUUGUUUGAUGUAUGAAGAAUCUUUAGAGAAAAUGGGCUUGAUAGAAUUCAAUUUCUGUGUCAUUAAGAAUGCAUUACAACAAAUGCUUGAAUUAAACCAACAACAUGCAAAGCGAGAACUAGCUGCUUUGUUGACACACCAACCGUCUUCAGAUCCUAUACCAGAAGAUGAAGAGCCAGUAAACGAACUUGAUUCGAGUGGAAAGGAUGAAGAUGGACAGGAAGUUAGUGAUGGAGAACCACAAUAUAAAAAUAGAGAUGUAAGAAGAGAAUAGUAGAAUCUUGUAAUGUACAUAUAUAUAUUGGUCAUCAUUAUGGUUUACUUCCAUCAAAGGUGACUUUUUGCUACCUUGUACACAUAUGUAAAUGAUUUGCGUAUAUGUGACACAUGCAAAAUCCUACAUGAAUUUCUUGUCCGUUCAUUUUCAUUUGAAGCUGUUAUCAUUGUGUUCUGGAUGCAGUGUGCUUCCUAGUUUACUUUUUUUCGCAAAACCUCCUGCUUAUAUUUUAUUGAUCAUCAGCUCAUCCCAACUUGACCAUUUGAUAUUUUACUUUUCUGCUUUAUAAGAAUAAAGAGAAAUACAUAUAAGUUAAUAAUAAUUUGUUCUGAAUACAGUGUAAUAUAUUCUAAUAUUUUCAAUUUGUAAUGAGUAUGAAGAUUGUUUUUAUCAGUGCGAUAGGUGUUGUCAGGGUCAGUUGAAGUUCAUGCAGUACAAACCAAUUUUGUGGUAUUUUCAGUAAUCUUUAGAAGUUAUUGUAUUAACGAUGGAUAUUACCAAUACUGUAUAUAUACCUGUGGUGAGACGACUGCGGUCGUUGUAAUAGAUUAUAAUUGAAUACUUGAUAAAAUGCAUAUGUUUCAGUUUCCUCGGUUUUUAAUUGCUAGUCAUAUGUCAAAUAUUUAUAUUAUUGAUCGUUACUUUAAUUCUGUAGGAUGAUUAUCAUGCGGCUUUAACCCGCCUACAUGCUACUUUAGAAUCAGCGUUCCGUUUUAAUAUGAAUAUUAAAUUUGAAGUAUUUAUUCAUAAAGUUGAUUGUUUAUCAGAUGAUCAAAAAAUGGAUAUACAACGAGAUAUUACUCAACAUGUAACAAGUGUCUUGGAGGAUUUAUUGUGCGAACAACCGUCGAAUGCUGGAAUUAGUAUAGGGUAAGUGUAAGCUGAAUGUUAAUACUAUUUAUAGAUUAUUAGUUUAAUCACUAUCUCUAAAAUAUUUCGUUAGUCACAUCGAGCUCAAAGACUAAUGUUAGCAUAACUUUUUCGGAAUGGUUCGGGUAGUUGAUUCCUGCUCAAUAGUGGUCUCAAAGUUAAAUCUUUCUUGCCGAAUAAACUUUUAGAUAUUCGGACCGUAUUGCUGUAGUUGGCAAAAUCAGUUGCCACUGUAAACAUCACAAAAGGGUAUGGAUUACAUAUAUGUAAGUGCAAAAACUAAAACUGUAUUCUCCUAUAUUCUAGCGCUGAUUUGCUUAUCUCAUACUCACUCGACUCAUUAUCACUCACUAUAUGGAAAGACUAAAUUAUUUGUUACAACUGCUAAUGACCAGAUCGAAAUGUGAGAAAUUAUAAAUCAGGAGUGAGCAUGACAGAAUGUGCGACAGUCUAGAAUGUAAAGUGAUUCAGUUCUGCUUAUUGAUUGUCUUUACAAGUAGAUUGUGUAUUAGAUACAGAGCAACGGUAACGGUAACUAAACAAUGCAAG